AUGUCGAUCAAGGCUGUGUUCCUCCUCGCCCUGGUGGCACUGGCACACGCAGGAGGCCCCGCCUCCUACCAGACAGUUACAAACACAGCAGACGCUGGAGCUGUGGGCUCUACACACGAGAGGACGGUGAAGGGCUAUGGCGGUCUCAACAGCAUUUCCGAGUACUCCAAGACCAUCGACGGGCCACACUCGAGCGUGCGCGUGUCCAUCUCGCGCUCCAGCAACGACGCCUACGGCUACGGCGGCGCCGCAGUCGCCACCGCCCCUGCCGUGGCCUACACUGCAGCCGCCCCAGCUGUCGCUGCAGCACCCGCUGUCGCUUACGCCGCCCGCACCGUCGCUGCUGCGCCCGCAGUAGCCUACACUGCUGCUGCGGCUCCAGCCGUCACGUACGCUGCCAGGACGGUGUCUGCAGGUCCAGCCCUCGCCUACGGUGCCCGCACUGUUGCUGCAGCUCCUGCAGUUGCCUACACUGCUGCUGCUCCGGCCGUCGCUUACGCGUCUCGCACUGUUGCCGCAUCCCCUGCAAUCGCGUACACCGCCGCCGCUCCUGCAGUCACCUACGCUUCCCGCACUGUUGCCACAUCUCCCGCAGUAGCCUACACUGCCGCAGCUCCGGCCGUCACCUACGCCGCCCGCACAGUGUCCGCAGCUCCUGCCGUAGCCUACACUGCCGCCGCCCCCGCCGUCACGUACGCCGCCCGCACCGUCUCUGCAGCCCCGGCUGUGGCGUACACGGCGUCUGCCCCGGCAGUCACCUACGCUGCUCGCACCGUCGCCGCUGCACCUGCAGUUACAUACACUGCUGCUGCUCCGGCAGUGACGUACGCCGCUCGUACAGUGUCCGCUGCUCCUGCCGUAGCAUACACUGCCAGUGCCCCCGCAGUGACGUAUGCUGCCCGCACAGUAGCCGCAGCCCCUGCUGUAAGCUAUGCCGCUGCAGCUCCAGCUUACGGCAGCACCUACUACGGUCGUGCAGCUUACUCUGGCCUGGCAUACGGGGCUGGAUACUCAGCUGGAUACGGAGCUCGUGCUAUUGCCCCAGCUGCCGUCACCUACUCUGCCCCAGCCGUCACAUACGCUGCUCGCACCGUUACUGCAGCUCCCGCCCUCGCCUACAGCUCUGGCCUGACCUACGGAGCUGGAUACUCCUACGGUGCCCCUGCUGCCACUGUCACCUACACGUCUGCCGCCCCCGCAGUCGGUGCCGCAUACCUCGGACGCGCAUCUUACUCCGGCCUGGCCUACGGUGCACGUGCUAUCGCACCAGCCCUGGCUUACAAUUCCGGCCUGUCGUACGGAGCUGGAUACACCUACGCCGCCUCCGCCCCUGCUGUCACCUACACCACCAGGACCGUGACGACAGCGCCUGCUGUCACCUACACAGCUUCUGCUCCAACUGUGACCUACAGUGGAGCAACACAGUCAGCUUCCUACUCGGUGGCCGCCGGAGCACAACUGGGCACGUCCUUCCACGGCCCAAUUGCGCAGAGCGCUGCUCUUCACCUCCAUGGCAAGGGACUCUUGUAAAUGUCUCGCCCAAGAAGACACGCACAGUGCUGCCUUUUUCUCUCGCUCUGCACACAUUCUUCUUCAUGUCACUGCUGCAGCUUUCUUUUUGGAAAGCUAGACUGAAUGAUUUUCAUUUAUGUAAAUCGCCAUGUAACAUACUGUUCUUCUCGCAAUAAAUGUCUUUUUGUACACCUCCAAA